AUGGAUAGGGAUGCAUCUCACAAGCAAGUUGGGAGUCUUGCAGAGUUGGUUUCCUUGAACCUGUCAAGAAACAAUUUGACUGGAAUAAUCAUCCAAGAUAUUGGUCAGAUGAAAAUGUUGGAAGUGCUAGACCUAUCUGCAGAUGGACUUUCUGGUGAGAUUCCUGCAAGCCUUGCUGAUCUAAAUUAUCUGAGUAUAUUGGACUUGUCAAAUAACAACUUAUCAGGAAAAAUCCCAUCAAGCACUCAAUUGCAAAGCUUUCAUGCCCCUGCAUAUUCUGGAAAUCCUGAACUUUGUGGGCUUCCACUGCCAAAUAAGUGCCCAGGAGAGGAAGUAGUUGUGGAACCUCCAAUUUCUACUAAAGGGAUUCAAGAAAAUGAGGACAGGUUUAUUAUCUCAGGAUUUUAUGUUAGCAUGGGGAUUGGUUUCACCCUUGGAUUUUGGGUAGUUUUUGGAACUAUUCUUUGUGAGAGUCCAAUGCGACAUGCCUAUGUCAAAUUCUUGGACCACAUUAAAAAUUGGUUCUAUGUGACAGCAGCAUAG